AUGGAAGAAGGAAAGUCAAGGGAGCUCCUGCUGUCUGUAGCUCUUGGCCAGGUUCUCUCCCUCCUUAUCUGUGGUAUUGGCCUGACCAGCAAGUAUCUGUCAGAAGAUUUCCAUGCCAACACUCCUGUUUUUCAGAGCUUCCUCAAUUACAUCCUCCUAUUCUUGGUUUACACAACAACACUAGCUGUCAGACAAGGAGAGGAAAACUUGCUGGCAAUUUUGAAACGAAGAUGGUGGAAGUACAUGAUCCUGGGAAUAAUAGAUAUAGAAGCCAAUUACCUGGUAGUCAAAGCUUACCAAUAUACCACUCUUACUAGUGUACAGCUCCUAGAUUGCUUUGUCAUCCCAGUGGUGAUAUUACUGUCCUGGUUCUUCCUGCUGGUACGAUAUAAGGCAGUGCAUUUCAUCGGAAUUGUGGUCUGCAUUCUGGGCAUGGGCUGCAUGGCAGGAGCAGAUGUCCUUGUUGGGAGACAGCAAGGAGCAGGUGAAAAUAAGCUGAUAGGGGAUCUCUUAGUGCUAGGUGGAGCAACACUUUAUGGCAUCUCCAAUGUUUGUGAGGAGUACAUUGUCCGAAACCUGAGUCGAGUGGAAUUCUUGGGCAUGAUUGGACUCUUUGGAUCCUUUUUCAGUGGAAUUCAGCUUGCAAUAAUGGAACACAAGGAGCUGCUGAAAGUCCCAUGGGAUUGGCAAAUAGGUUUGCUGUAUGUUGGGUUUAGUGCCUGUAUGUUUGGCCUCUACAGUUUCAUGCCAGUGGUCAUAAAGAAAACCAGUGCUACUGCAGUCAAUCUCUCCCUCCUCACAGCUGACCUCUACAGCCUGUUCUGUGGAUUAUUCCUCUUUCACUACAAGUUUUCAGGACUUUAUCUGCUGUCAUUCUUCACUAUCCUUGUUGGUCUGGUGCUCUACUCCUCCACAUCAACCUAUGUUGCCCAGGAUCCACGGGUAUACAAGCAGUUUCGAAACCCUUCAGGACCUGUUGUAGACUUGCCCGCAACUGGACAACUGGAACCAUCAGUAACAUAUACCAGUCUAGGCCAAGAGACAGAAGAGGAGCCUCAUGUCAGAGUUGCCUAAACCCAGGCACUUGUCACCCACUGAUGAUUUAGUGGAAUUCAUAUAUUCAUUAUCUCUGUAUUGUACAUAGAGAAAGGUAUUUACCAGGUGCAGUUACAUCGGUGGACUGCAAGGUAGCAAAUAGAAAAGGCUUGUAAAAGUACAAAUUAAUUGUUACUGGGUGUAUAUUGCAAAAAAAGGUGCCAGUCCCUUGUUUAGGGUAUUAGUGGUAUAUUGGCGAUAGCAUAAUGCUCUUUAUGAAUCAUUCCCUCUGAAACUACCUGUGAAGACAGUCAGGAUACAAGCUGAAACUACGUACAAGUCAGGGGGCAUUUUUGUACCUAUUGUAUGAUAAUCUGCCAGGGCCACACCAAGGUGUGGAAGAGCCACAUUUUUACAGCAAAUCCACUUGUGCAGUCACUGUUAUUUUCUCUCUUUUUAAGGUGUAUUUAUUUUGCACAAAAUAGACGGGGUACUCAUGGUAGCUACAUCCUGAAGCAUUUUUGUUAGCACCUGUAUCUGAUGGGGAAAAGAUAAUGUGUUCAGCUCUGCUUUCUAUCUGGUUGCCCACUUUUUAUGUAAUCUGUGCUGUGAAUCCAGAGGAAGGACAAUUUACAGUAUCAGCCUCUAUUCUAGGAAUAGGUAUAAAUUGAGCAUUUUAGCCUUACUAUAUUUGCAGAAGUGAAUUACUUGAGCAUUGACCUUUUUAUGUUCCAUGAUGGAUUUCCUGGUGGCUGAGGUUCUGCAUCAGGUGACAGGGAAUUAUAUUUCUAUAGCUGCAUCUAACCUGCAGGAAAAAAAAACACAGAAUGAAUUUCUUACUUUUUACACGUAAAUCUGUAUUAAAAAGUGCAUUUUCUAGUUUCCUACUUAUUGUAGCUCUCAUUGGUAAGACAACAUAUCAGUCAGACCAGGGCAUUUAUUUUAAAUCCUUCGUAAAUAUAAAGAAGCCUUCUGCAUUUCCAAAUGUCUUAGUCCUUUGCUACAGGAUGUGUUGGGUUCCUUUUCCUAACAAUACCAACCUGGAAACAUGUCAGUUUUUUAUCAGAACUUACUCAUGCCACAAGCAUACGUAUUAGUAAGCAGUGGAACGAAUUCAUAUGUAGUAAAACUGAAUUAUCUGCUGGUGGGACUGCAGUACUUAAAAGAUAUUUAGACCACACAGUGGAGCCAAUUAUUUUACCCUAAUAACAAAAGUAAUAGAAGAACCAAGCAGUUUUCUUAUACUUACCAGGACACGUGAAAGUCCUCUGUACAUUUUGCUCUAAAAUGUACUUGCUGCGGGAUCCUCAUCAGAAAUAUGAAGAUGCUUCUGUUGAAACCUAAGCAGAGCCAUAGAAGUCUAUAACCUGUCUUGAUUUUUUCCCGUUGGGAACACAGUGAAAGACAGAGUCUUUUCUUCAUACCUACAUAGUCUAUUUGCCUCAUAAAAUUACUGAAAGGAAGGAUAGUCUGACUAAUAGAUCAGAGAUUGAAGUGAGCUUGGUUUUAUUCACAAAAUUGCCACAGAUUUCUUGUGGGAUCUUGGGCUUGUCUUUUACCCUCUGUGUGGCUUAGUUUCCCAGUUUGUAUAUAUAGGGAUAAAAAUACUUUACCUACCUCACAGGGGUGUUGUAGGGCUAAGCUGUUUUAAAGUGCUUUAAGAUCUUCAAAAAGAUGGAGUUAAGGAAGUGCAAUAUGUGAUGUAUUCAUUGUAUUAAAAACAGGGUUUUCAGCAAUGUUGAUUGAUUUUCUGCUGGUGGGUACAGGAAGUAUAUUUUACUUGAAUGAUAUUGUACUGAGGAAGUCAGUCUUUAAAUGGAAAAGUUGGGCUUUAUGUAACCCCCCCCCCACUCCCACCCCGCAAACUCACCUACUUUUAUGAGAAAAAGAAACUUCAGUCUUGUUAUUAAAAGGGCCCUACAAGUCAACCAAGUGGGCUGGUUUUCAGCCGAAACAGUAUUUGUUUUGUAUAGUUCUGUUCCGUUAUAUGACAGAAAGGAUUGCUCUGCAGCAGGUUUAAAGAAGUUUGCAUGGAAGUACAAAAAGUGACCCAUUACAAAAUGCUAAUGAACAACUCAAUAUCUGCUAAUUGUCUCCUUCCUGGGCAUGAUGAAAAGAGGCAUACUCUGUACCAUUAUGCUUCGGCUGCCUGCCAUGAUCCCACUGCAGUUGAGAAGAGGGGACUUCAGUAUUGCCAAAUCACCCUCACAGGAGCUCCAAAACCAUGAGUUAGGCCCUGCAAAUUCACGACUUUAGUUUAAAAAUCACAAGAGUUUGAACACAAUAUAUUUGGAGUUGGUUUUAUUUUCCUUCUACCCUUUGAGCCUUUAGCAUUUAUGUUUUCAAACUUUUCCUUGCAACUCUGACCCCUGCAAAAAUUUCUUCUUCUUUAUAUUCUUUUUUUAAAAUAAAAGCUGAGAUUCUCAUGUAAUAACUUGACUCCAGGAUUAGGGACUUUUAGGGCAAUUCCAAAUAUUGUGAGAUUUACCAUAAAACCACAAGUGUCAGCAACAUUUAACUUGUUCACAUUCACCUCCGUGCACAGGACCACUUCACUUCCAUUGAGGAUCCUGGAAUAGGACUUAUGGGUGUAGGUGACCAAUCAUACACUGGCUGAAGCUUCAUGCUUGUUCAGACAGCAGAAGACCAUGGCACCAAUGAAACCCUCAGAUCAGGGCCCACCAAUAUAUGGGCUUUGUGCUAGCCUCUAACCUUUUCUAGAAAGGGAGUAUGUUUUUUGGUUACAAAUGUCUUUGUUCUCUCAGGUACCCAGAGGCACACUUACGGGCACCUGUCAUCUCUCAGACUUUUUUGCUACCUUUUAUACCAAUUAAAUACCUUUCUCUGGACAUUAUUCUCAUGUUGGUCUCAAGACCUUUCAAGACUGCAUGUUUGUGUGUGUGUAUGUGUGUGUGUGUGUUUCAUGUUUACAAUUCCUUCAUUUUGCAUAAUUAUUUUGGUUUACUUCAUUCUUAGUAUUUAUUUUUAAGCCAAAUGUUUGUAGUAGUUUUUUUCUCAUUUUUAUGACACUAAUUUGUAGAUGUUUAUUAAAGUCUUACUAGGUUCAACUGGGUGGAAGGCAUAUCCAGGUUAUUCAGACCUGAGAAUUUUUACAUAAAAAGGCUUGCAAUCAAUGGAUGGCUAAGAGGUGCCAUUCAAAGCAAUUUUAUAAGACAUUUUAAAUGACUCUAUUCUAUGGAAAUAAAUUAUGAAUGUUCAGAUAUGCACUGUACACUCAACAACCAUCCCAUGUGUUUUUUUGCACAUGAAGAGUUUCGAGUCACCAGGAUAACUUAUUGUGGUGUUGGGUGUGUCAUACUGCCCCAAAGGAUGGAUCUCAAAGGAAGAUAGUAGUUUAACAUUACAGAUACUCUGUUGAACAAAAUCUGAGGUCUAGGAGGGGGAAAGAAAGCAUUGUUUCUAACUGUUUAAUUCCAGCAGUUCAAGACCUCAGUAGACACCAGCAAAGGUUCAGCUAUCCAACUGGCAGCUACUCUACUGGUUGAAUUAGGACUUCACCAGUUCUGUGUAGAUCUUUUCCUUGAACAAACUGAAGCUCUACUGCCCCACUGGCAAUGAAUGGCCCUUAGCAAGACUGAUGUAAUUUUCAGCUACUGGAAGAAAGCCUGCACUGGGAGACAGAACUUGUCUUUGUUCCAGCGAUAAACUUUUCAAACACACAACAGACCAAGCAAUUGAAAAUUUUGCACCACUGUGUCAUAUGAAAAAGUUUCAAUGUAUAGUUUAGAUAUUGCUAACUUGUGCUAUUAACAUUUUGACAAGCGUGUAGUAUUGUUUUCUUUCCUUUUUUUUUAACCAUUUAGUAUUCCUGAGCUAGCUACAAAUAUAAAUUUUACCCCAUGGGUAGGCUUUUUAUUGUUAUAUGCCAUAAUAAAGCACACUAAUCUUGAAACAACAAAUGGAAAUAUGAACCAAAACCAAAAACAAACAAGCCCCCGCCCUUCCCCCUCCCCCAAAAUCCUGCACCGAAAAGCUGAACAAACCUUUCUCCGUUUUGAUAUUUGCAUGCUCCUAUAUGGACUGGCUGUGGCAAUGUAAUGCCUGUAUAAUGUUUUCAAAUAAAAAUAAAUGCUUUAUGAAAGCAGGG